AUGGAGAGCUCAAGGUCCAGGUCGAGGUCAAGGUCGAAUGGCCGAAGGGGCCAUCGAGUGAUGCACGUACACUCAGAAGUCACAGGCGCCCUCAUUGGAAGAGGUGGAGAGAAGAUCAACGCACUCUGCAGAGAAACUGGCGCGAGAAUUGAAAUCUCUCGUGAUGAUGUUGGCCCAGAGAGGACGGUCACUAUUACUGGUUCGGAAGAUGCAGUCGACAAGGCUGCCCGAGCUAUUGAGGAGAUUCUUAGCAACGAUCGAAAAUCAUUGGCGCAUCAGCCGGAGCACGAGAAGGUUAUGUAUGUCUCUGGAAGCUUUAUUGGUAUGAUCAUAGGACGAGGAGGAGAGAGCAUCAAAGCAAUGUCACGGGAGAGUGGUGCAAAAAUCGAGGUGUCAAAGGAUGAUGUUGGCGACCGAGAUGCAGACCGGAGGGUCACUAUCCACGGUACGGCCGAGGCGGUGGAGAAGGCGAGCCAGAUGAUCCAAGACAUUGUGUCACGCUCUGAAGAGGAACAGAGCGAGAGGGGUUCGGUGAUCGAGCCGCCAGCUGGCUUUGAAGAUUGUGAGCACGAAGAUUGGCUCUACAAUGCAACGACUCAAGAGUUCUUCAGCAAGAAAACCGGUGCGCUGGCAUGGCUGAAUGCUGGCAUUUUUUGUCCUAUUCGUGAGGGCAUCAAUCACCAAGACGUGCAAGUCUUUUCUGGCACUGCAGUGAUCGGAAGUGAUCAAGGCCCUGCCCCAAAGACGGCAAUUAUCCCAGACCUCCAUCGAGUAGCCCUGGCUUUGAAGAUGCCCUUUGAUCACGUGGAUCAUCCCUCUGGGAUGGUGGCAGCCUUUGGUUCAACGGAGGCUGUGCCCGUAGAUCACGCCGCGCGGGGGUUCCAUGAAAAGCUCCUGAGAAGGAUUUCCUCAUGGCGCAGUGCUUGGUUGGACCAGGCCUGGUUUGGAGCGCUCACAGGUGCAAUUCUGGACCUGGUGAGCGGUAGCACUUCAGGCAGCUUGCCGGUAAUGGGGGCCGCCCUACUGCUAGGGCGGAAGGUCAUUGCCGUGUCGGCCCCGGGUGCGCACGUGUGCCUCAUGCUGGGCAGCGAGGGCUGCGAAGCGGUGACGCCGAUGGAAGCACAAGGCUCACUUUGCUGCUUCGCCAGCUUGCCGCCAAAGGGUGACAAGAAUUCUUCGGUCUAUGUCGCGGUGAUCGCCGACGGCAAGGGCCAACUUGAACCGAUUGAGGAUUCAAAGAUCUGCUCUGCUGUCGGCCCGUCUUUGCAUCAAAGACGCCCGAGGGCUGCUGCCUUGGCCCUGGCCCGUGUGGCCCGAAAGGCUGGUUCUACCGGACCCUUGGCUUCGGCCUGUGCUUGUUUGGGUUGGGAGGACUCACCAGGCAAGAAAUCGGAUCCGAAAAGGCCGAGAUCCGAGCAGCUGAACAAGGUGCGAGUUCGGCAAAUCCUGAUCCGCUUCUGGUCUGGUAAAGGUCCCCACCCGGUGAACCCGGUGAACAGAAAGCCAGUCACCCGGAGAGUUGACGAAGCAGAGAUGGAGAUGCUUGAGAUACUUGAACAGCUUAUAGCUGAGAAGUGCCAGAAUUUUGCCUCACUUUGCAAGUCUUCCUCAGAAUGUGGAUCCGCACUGCGGGGUGGUGCUGACAAUGGUGACCUGGGAUGGCUGGACCAAGCGAAGGUGGCCGCUCUAGCAAAGGCCAAAGGUCAGCCAGGUGGACCCAAGUCAGUUGUUCAGUCGAGUGUGCCAGUGGCUGUCGUCAAGGUUGCCUUCAGCUUGGAGAAGGGUGAGUUGAGUGACGUAGUUGUCUCCGAAAUUGGCGUGCACUUGGUCCAGCGAACCGGCUGA